GCAAUAGGUACCUUGAUAGGUAUUGUGAAUAUUGUUAUUUGUGAUGGUUUCUUUCUUGCUUGUUUGUUUGUGUUCAAAACAAAAUUUUAAUUUAAUAUUCGCAAAGAUCAAGAUAUUCGCAAGAUCUAUGUAGUUGGUAUUUUGAUCUGGUUUAUUUAACAGAUCUAAAUAUAAUGCCGAAGCCAGUUUGUGUCCAAUGCAGCACCAACGAUUCGCUUCUCUGGCGGAGUGCUGAAAACGGCCAAAUAUGUAACGAUUGCCACCUUUCCAAUGCAGCUAAAGACAAGUUCGAAGUUUCAGUUAAAGUGGAAAGUGAUGACAAGGAAACUGAUUCUAAGAACGGGAAAGAAGAUACGCCUGCCAAGGCGACAGGUAAAGGGACACGGAAGAGCACUCGUUCGACGCGGUACAAGGCGAAGACGCCGGCACCGGCCCCCGCCAAGCCGCCGGCGUUGCGUGGCCGCGGUCGCCGCAGUCUCUUUAAGCGGCCACCUGUGAAAGCGCCUGCCGCCACGCCUACUGUUGUUACUAGUGAUUCCGUGUUUUAUAAGGGUUUUUAUCUACAGGUAGGUGACAUAGUAUCCAUGGUGGAUGUGGAUGGAGGGCUGUACUAUGCUCAGAUCCGGGGGUUCAUGACAGAUCAAUACUGUGAGAAGAGUGCAGUGGUCACCUGGCUCCUUCCCACCAAGGCUAGCCCCCCGCCCAGCAAGGGAUUUGAUCCUGCUACUUACAUUAUAGGCCCAGAAGAGGAGUUGGCACGCAAACUAGAAGUAAUGGAGUUUGUGAUGCACGCUCCCUCUGACUACUACAAGGCGAGCAACAGCCCGUACCCGCUUGUGGACACAGAGGUUAACAACUACAGUGGGUUUAUCUGGACGACACUUGACGACGUUUAGCAUAUACAAUUAUUUUAUUAUCUAUAUUUAAGGAAUAAAAUGUUUUGCUACAAA